AUGGAAAAUCCUGAACUAUUGAUCUGCCAUGCGUGUGGCGAAGACUGGAUUCGGAAUUCAAACCAUUACGACAGCCGCCUCUCGUGCCCCAGCUGCGGGUCCGAUUUCGUACAGAUCAUAGAAGAGAGUGCUGGUCCCCCUGAACGUGAACGUGACACCUUUCCCCGCUCUCCUAUAAACUCUUUCACAGACCAUAACCCUUGGGGUCGAGAUCAAGAUCCAGACCAAGACUCACCUCCACAUCCGGGCUCCGCAGCAUACAACCCCAUGGAUUUCGCGUUCCCCGGUUAUUCCCAUCAUACCUACCGGUCUCCUGAUGGCCGUUUCUCUUUCAGUUCUUCUACUGUCCGGGGGAGCUUCCCACCCCGCCAGGUCGGCGGUGCUGGCACUGGCACUGGCACUGGCGCUAGCGCUUACUCGAACCCCAUGAUCCCCAUGCUCCAAACAUUGCAGACAAUACUGGGAGACAUUUCAGACGCACAUGGUAAUGAUCACCAUCACCACACAGAGCAAUAUGGCAAUAGAAGCCCACGAUCUGAAGAGUCGUCGCGUCGAUAUUCACCAGACCCCGACCCCACCGGCGGCAUAGAUCAACAUGCCGAAUUUGAAGGACUAUUCCCACGCGACUCGCAUAGAGCGCAACGCAUGUCGGCGCCAGUCGAAAACCUGGCCGAGUAUGUAUCCCAAAUGUCGGUGCUCAAUGAAUCCUCCCGGUCUAACACCCGAGCCAGUCUUCUAGGCACAUUCCACUAUAAUUCCAGUCCCAGGCGGCGGACCGGCAGACCGAACCCCAGAAUGCCGGUGGGACCUGAUCCAGCCAUGAUGCUGGACGCAUUGAUGCGCAAUAUAGGUGAGAUGGGACCGACGGGUCGAUUUGGUGACGCCGUUUAUUCCCGCGAAGCGCUCGAAGAAGUCAUCGCCCAACUGGGCCAACAGGACGCACAAGGUGCUGGCCCACCGCCGGCACCCACCACCGCUAUACAGUCGCUGCCCAAGAGGAAAGUCAAUAAAGAGAUGUUGGGAUCGGACGGCAAGGCCGAGUGUGCUAUUUGCAAGGAUACGGUCGAACUAGAUACCGAAGUCACGAUGUUGCCUUGCGAGCAUUGGUUCCACUUCGAUUGUAUCGAAGCGUGGCUGAGCAGACAUAAUACCUGUCCGAAUUGUCGUCGGAGUAUUGAUCCGGCUGCGAACAGCCCCCGCGAAGGCACCAGCGAAAACCCCGUCGUUGUCCAGGAUAGCCCCGAACAACAACAACAAUCACCCGGCCGGCGCCGGCGGCGCAGCUCGCCAUUCUCGCGCAGUUCUCGUACUAGUGCCCGAUCUUCAUUCUCGCGGUCUGGCAACAACUCGCCAGCGCAGGACGCAAAUGAGCCAUCCCGGCCCAGACGCUCCAGUCGGAGCGAAGGGCACCAUCGUGGAGGAAUUACCGGCUGGGUCUGGAGUCGAUUUGGCGGUAGUGGUGGUAGUGGGAGUGGGAGUGCAUGA